AACUGUCAAUUCCAAACAGCCCCGGAAGGUUUUCUUCUCCACCAAGCCAAUCCAUUGCUUUAAGCUGUUCUCUCACUCUCUACAUAGCUUGGUUACCUUACAGGCGUACAGAAGAGCAUUCAGUGAAGAAACAAUGGUGGGGACGAAUCUGAAAGCAGAAACAAUGUCUCUGAUGGAAAAGAGAACAGCUAUGGAGGUCGAGAUGAACGCCAUCAUCGAGCGCCUUUGUCAGCCUGGCGGCCCUGGUCUCUCCGGCAAUCUUGUGGACUCCGAGGGAUUUCCUCGCUCUGACAUUGAUGUUCCAGUUGUACGGGCAGAAAGGCACCGUCUUACUGAAUUGAGAAAUGAUCACAAAGAGAUUACAGAAAAAAUAAAUGCAAAUAUACAAGUUCAGCAUUCAGCGAGGCAUGUUCCCAGAUCUUCCUCUACAGAAGAUUCAGGUGAUGAUGUGAUGUCAAAUAACCGAGGUUCCUCCUUUGAUAAUGUCUUUACAUCCUCAUCCUCAAACGACGUUGUUCCGAGAGAUUCUCUUACUGCCAUGGACGUGGAUGUUAUUGCCAGUAUUCCAUUUGCAGUUAUUGAUGGAAUAGCGGAUGCAUCUCCAGCAGCAGUGGAUGGUUUGCAACUUGGAGAUCAGAUUAUCAAAUUUGGAAAUGUGGAUUACCAGCCUGGUGAAAAUUUUCUGCAAAUGCUCGCUUCCGAAACCCAAUCAAAUCAGGGCCAGGCGAUACCAGUAGUGGCUAUAAGGCAAGGUGCCCCCAUCAACUUAGCAGUGACUCCUAGAACUUGGCAGGGCAGGGGUCUACUAGGAUGCAACUUCCGGAUCUUGUAACUGGACUAAAUCACUUAUGGCGUGAACACAGUCAAGUGGUGGGUUUCAUUUUCCGUUAGGCAUUAACUUCUUGUUAUUAAAGACAGUUCUGUGUACUUUUUUCCUUUAUAAAACAACUAGCAUACUAGGAUUAUUUCUUCAGCAGUGCUGGAUCUGAGGUGUUUCUUUGCGACUACGGGUUUUCAGGUUACUUCUUAUAAUUCGAUUGGGAAUGUUGUUGUGGAUUCUCAUUUUGAUUAGCCAUGAAAAUGUCUUGGAAGAAAGUAGAAAGUGAAGCACCUUGACUGAUAUUAUUACUAUUUGUUAGUUUGUUCUCUUUA